AUGUAUACGCUGUCAUUGGCCCUCUACACGACACUCUUGUCAACCGUCGCGCUUGCAAACCAACAGGUCUUGCGACGCAGCAAUGGAGACGCAGACGCAUCGUCACGUGACACCAGAAGUGCGUCGAGGGACAGCCUCUGGCCCCGCGGGAUGCAUCUUGCAGUCGACUACUAUCCCUCACAAUGGCCCGAGUGGAUGUGGGAACCCGAUGUGGCCCGGAUGCGAGACAGCGGCUUCUCCUUUGUGCGCGUGAACGAGUUUGACUGGUCUGUACUGGAACCGAGGGAGGGCGAGUACAAUUUUACUGUGCUUGAUAGAACCUUGGACUUGUUCGCCAAGUAUGGCUUGAAAGCCAUUGUGGGAACGCCAACUGCUGCUCCCCCGAAUUGGCUGUCGGAGAAAUACGACAUCAGCUUUGUUGAUCGUACCAAUACCACUUUGCUGUUUGGCUCCCGCAGACAUUACAGCUUCUCUUCCUUCGACUAUCGGGAACAAAGCCAAAAGAUCACGCGCAAACUCGCCCAACGUUAUGGCAACCAUUCCAGCGUGGUCGGCUGGCAACUGGAUAACGAGUUUGGCUGCCAUGAUACUGUACGUAGCUACGACCACAAUGCCAAGAAGCGCUUUCGAUCCUGGUUGCAACACAAGUACGGCACAAUUGAGAACAUGAACGAACGUCAAGGCCGUGUGUUCUGGUCAUCUCAGUACGCUUCCUUCGACACCGUCGAGCCUCCAUUCCUCGAAAUCUACACCAAUAACCAAGCCCACACGCUCGAUUGGUACACGUUUUCCUCCGAUAUGGUCAUUGACUUUGCCAAAGAACAAGUCGAAAUUCUGAGAAUGUAUGCACCCACGCAUGCCAUUACCACCAAUUUCAUGGUCUUCUUCACCGACUUUGACCACCACAAAUUCAACCGCGAAGUGCGAAUGGAUCUCGCCACUUUUGACGAAUAUCCUCUUGCAGGAACGACUGCAAUCCCCCUUUCCGACCAAGAAAUGCAAGACUACAUGCGAACAGGUGUGCCAGAUCUCCAAGCCUUGCAACAUGCACUCUAUCGCGGCAUUUCCGGCGAAGCCUUUGGCACCAACCACGGUCCAUUCGGCGUCAUGGAAAUGCAACCGGGAGUAUUAAACUGGAACCCCUACCGCGUCUCUCCCCUCGAAGGCAUGGUCCGUCUCUGGACACACGAAACGUUUGCCGCUUCGGGCGACAUGGUUGGAUAUUUCCGUUGGAGACAAGUCCCCUACGCACAAGAACAAACUCUCUCUGGAUUAUUCCUCUCUGACAAUUCCGAAGAUCAAGGAUACAUUGAAUCGCAGACUUUUGCCCACAACGAUCUUCCCAAACUCCGCAGUAGUUUACAAUCCACGACGACAACAACCACACGGCAAGCCGACGUCGCUCUCAUCUUCGAUUACACCGCCCACUGGAUCUGGAACAUUGAACCUUAUAGCGGUUCCUGGUCCGUCAAAGAAGCUUCCUACACCAAUCCCACUCUCACCUACACCACACUCGUCCACACCUUCUACUCCUCUCUCCGCCGCCUCGGUCUCUCCAUCGACAUCAUUUCCCCCGAACAAGACGUGUCGGGAUACAAAAUUCUCGUCAUACCCAGUCUUCCCAUCAUUCCCGAAUCUCUCUCGAAUGCACUUGCCAAGUUAUCCUCUUCUUCUUCUUCUUCUUCUUCUGAUGAUGAAUCUCCGCCUCCGACUGUGAUUUUAGGCCCUCAUACGGGUAGUCGUACAGCUGAUUUUGCCUAUGUGCCUGGAUUGGGAAUUGAUAAGUUAGAGAGUUUUUUACCCGGGUUGCGCGUUACGAGGAUUGAAACUCCACCUCCUCCGACGACGGCGGCGAUGGGCAAGGGAGCGGGAAGUUCGGUGCGAUUUAAAAAUGUGGAAUAUGCUAUUGGAGGAUGGGAAGAGUGGAUUGUUUGUGAUGAUGACAGCAGCAGCAGCAGCGAUGGUGAUGAUAAUGAUGCUGUAAUCAUCACAGUAGAAUCUACCUCUCGCCAUCGUCUUCGAAAAGACAAAUCUGCUGCUGCUAUUGCUGCUGCUUGUUCUUUUCCUUUUCCUUCUCCAAAAUCCACCACCACCACCACCACAAACAGAAUCCAUUACAUAUCCUUCAACCCCCCCCUAGAUUUUCUCAUCGAGUACAUACGAGAUCUUCUUCCCCCUUCAUCACCCUCAACAUCCCCAAAUAGCGAUGAUAUCAAUCAAGGAAGAAAAAAUCUCGAUCUCGGCCCUGCGAUUCGAAUCCUUCGUCGAGAAAAUUUACUCUGGAUGAUGAAUUAUGGGUGGGAAGAAAAAGAAAUAAUGAUUAUUGGUGGUGAUAGUGAAAACGGUGGGAAGGGGAAUGGGACGAUUACGAUCCCCGCGGCGGGAGUUUUGGUGUGGAAGAUUGUUUAG